UGAAAGUCAUUAUACUGACAAUCCUGAUGUAGAUGUGGUUGGUGAAAUUAUGAGAGUUUAUUGUGACCAAGAAAAGUGGUCCAAUUUUUGUAAAUUAUAUCCCACUGAACCAGCUCGCAGGAAUUUAGUUCUCAAUACUUGUCAAUAUUAUCCUUAUUAUAAGCAAUCAAGAAAGAUAGAAGAAGAAAAUAAUUUAACUCUAAAAAGAAUAUUAGAAAAAGGACACAAAGAAGAUAGAAUAAGUCUAAUUCGUUAUGAUAACCUUAGUCAUCUUUCUCUUGAUGAGUUAGUCAAUAGUUUGAAUGAAUUAACUUCUAAAGCA